AUGUCCGGAUUAAACUCCUCCGCGGUCAACACGCCGGCCCCGGGCACACCCUAUUUCACGCCGAACCAGGAACCUCCUGCGGAUUGGCACUUUGCGCAUCUCUCGCAGUUCAUGAUCCACGGCAAUGCAUUGACAAUCGUCGAGGCUACUGCUGCGACUUCGCAUGGCGGCAUCACGCCGCAGGAUUCUGCGAAUCGUGACCUUUGCGCACAGCCCCGGCCAGAAGAUCGGCAUUCAACUGGCACACGCGGCAGGAAGGCCAACACCGUUGACCCAUGGCUUGUCCCCCUGCUGGGAGACGUUAGGGCCAUAGCUUCGGCUGAGCAUGGUGGGUGGCCUGAUAACGUCUGGGCUCCCAGCGCCAUCAAGUUUGCCGACGGCUACGCGACGCCCAAGGCGAUGACGACAGAGGACAUCCAGAGCCUUAUGCAAGGGUUCACGGAUGCUGCUGCGCGUUCAGUCAAGGCUGGGUUCGACGUCAUCGAGAUUCACGCUGCACAUGGCUAUCUCCUGACGGAGUUCUUAUCGCCUAUCACCGACCAGCGGUCUGAUGCGUAUGGCGGUUCCUUCGAGAACCGGACCCGGCUGUUGUUCGAGGUCAUAUCUGCCGUUCGCAGUGUCGUCCCCGAUACAAUGCCCCUGUUCUUACGCAUCUCGGCCAUCGAGUGGAUGGAGUGGGGCGACCAGCCAAGCUGCUGCCGACUGCUGGCGAGGACCUGCUUGAUGUCAGUUCGGGUGGCAACAACGCAGAACAAGAGAUCAAAAUCCAUCCUUAUUAUCAGGUUCAUCGCUGGGCAGAUUCGUGACACGCUCAAGAAGGAGGGUCUGCCAUUGUCGAUCGGGGCAGUCGGCAUGAUUACCGAGGCUGAGAUGGCCAGGUUGAUUGUUCAGGAGACCGAGCAAGUACCGGAUGGGGUCAAGCAGGAGACGAGCACGCUUGAGGUCGAACAGGAGGGCGGCCAAAAGACACAGGCUGCUUCUGGCACGGCAGCUACUGCGAGAGCCUGA